UCUCUCUCUUCAUAAAUAGCGAAACGUAAGGUUGGAACUGGUGAUCUACUUCUCAAACUCAUCGAUCUCAUCGUCUCGUGCUCUUCGAUCCAUCGAGCCUUUGUGGUGGGAACUCUUGAAAGGAAUAUGGCGCCGGAUCUUAUCGAGAUCGAGCCUCGAGAGCUGAAGUUUACUUUUGAAUUGAAGAAGCAAAGCUCAUGCACCAUACAACUUAUUAACAACACGAACAGCUAUGUUGCAUUUAAGAUUAAAACUACAUCACCUAAGAGAUAUUGUGUGCGACCAAACACAGGUGUUAUACUGCCGAAGUCCACCUGUGAUUUUACAGUUACAAUGCAAGCUCAACGGGUAGUUCCUGCGGAUAUGCAGUUAAGGGAUAAAUUUCUAGUUCAAACUACCAUCGUUCCUUAUGGGACUACUGAUGAGGAUCUCGUACCAAGCCUUUUCUCUAAAGAAAGUGGCAGACAAAUUGAGGAAAGCAAAUUGAGAGUUGUAUUGGUCAGUCCACCACAUUCUCCAAUAUUGCAGCCUAUAAAUGGAGCUGUGAAGCAGGAACUGACUUAUGCCGCUCCUGUUUUUAAUGAGACUCCAGUUAUGAAAGAAACUCCACUUGUUAGUGAUCAAGAAUUGACUCAAGAUGAAAAUCUGCACCCAUCCCAUGAUCCAAAGGAUGUUGAUGAUCUGAAGCAGAAGCUAAGCAAUCUUGAAGUAAAAUUACUUGAGGCGGAAAAGACAAUGUCAAAGCUGAGGGAAGAGAAGAAUGCAGCCGUUCAAGAGAAGGAAAAGUUGCAGCAUGACAUUGCAUUACUAACAAGGAAGUGUGUGGCUCGGGUUCAAGUAGGCUUUCCCUUUCUGUUUGUGGUUUUCAUCGCGCUUGUCAGUCUGGCACUUGGAUAUGGUUUACAUCCAUGAAUGAGAAUUGUAUUGGAAAUGAAGUGAGAAUGCUACUCUGAGAGAGUGCUCGAUUAUGGUAGUGACCUUUUUUUGCAGCAGAGAUUACUGCAACCGGGGAAAUUGUCGAAACAGCUCUUUCUAGUGUUGAAUAUAUAACAGGGGGUUGUUUCUUUGUUUAUAAUGUUGAUGGCUUUGUAUUGAACCAUGAUAAAUCAGGAAUCAGUAUGUAAAAAAAAAAAGAAAAAAAGAAAAAAAAAAGAAAAAAAGAAAAAAAGAAGAAAGCAUACUUUCUCUUUGUAUAGAAUGGUGAUGCAGAGAUUGAUAGACUAUAUUUUGGGCUGUGUUUUUAUUUUGUGUUUAAUUCAUAAUGUUAUGCCCUUUGUUUCAUCA